GGGAGACAGAGCCAAUUAAAGAAAAAUUAAUGUUUAAAUGGUUUUUUGAGUUUUUUGAGCGUUUAUGUUAUAAUUUGGGUAAUUAUUUAAUUGAAAUGACAAAUAAAAAUAAUAAAUACGAAAUAAAACAGCCUUUGUCUGUUCAAUUUGUUAAAGCUAUUAAAUGUUUGGAUUUAUUUGCUUCAGAAGAAGAAGAAGAGGAAGAGAAAGGUGUAUUUACUGAAGGUGUUUUUGAGUUGGCAUUUCCAGAUUCUGUUAAAAUAUAUUUUGAUAUGAAAGAAGAUUGGAAAGUUAGGGAAUUAGUUAGAGAAGAUAAUUUAUUGACAUUCAAGAUAUUGUCCGAAAAAAGUUUUUGGAUAGGAGAAUUAUUUUGGACACUUGAAUGGAUAUCCCAUAAUUGGAUGAAUAUGGAAGAAGCUUUAAAUAAUAGACUUGAUGAGGAUAUAUUUACAAAUUUAUCAAAAGAAUAUAUUCCAAGUUUAUCUACUCGACUUUUAGAAAUUAUUUGGAAAAAUGCUGAAAUAAAGAAAUUAGAAUUAAAGCCGGAUAUUGUAAUUUUAAAAUUUGGAACAAGACUUGCUGGACGUUUACUUCGAUUAUUAACGAAUAAUGCUAUUUUAUAUUUUAAUCAGCCAUUAAAUAUUAAAAUAAAAUUGGAGAAUCUACAAGCGGAAUUAAAGGAUAAAUUUAAUAUAAAAAAUUUAGAAUAUGCUAAAAAUAAUCUUUCAGUUGUUAUUGAUGAAUUAGUAGGUUGGGAAACGUUUAUACAUUUUGAAGAAGCUUUAAAUAUUAAAUGGCACAGUUAUAAUGGUGAGGAGAAUUAUUUAAAACUCCGUCUUAUAAUAUCCGUCUUAUAG